UGGAUCCAGUCCUGUACAGCGGUUUGUCAGUCCAAGGAAGUGUUUGAGACCCUCGCCUGUGUGUGGAUCGGGUCUGUUCCCAAUCCCAGACAGUCAAGGAGCGAGAGAAAGGGAAGCUCCGGCUGCCAAGAUCGGGCGGAGUCGGAAACGCGAAAGCCUAGUACUGCCCUCCCUUCUUCCCCCGGUGGAGGAAAGCGGUCGUGGAAGACGAUCGAGAAAGUGAGAGCGAGUCACCCGGCGCAGCGCUGCCGAACUUGGACACAGAGAUACUGUCGUCCGGCAGAGACACUCACAUACACGCACACACAGUCAGUGCGGCGGCCGAAAGAAGCUGUAGCUUGUUUUAUACCGCCCCCCCUCUACCCGCCGGAUACCGACCUGCUCGUCUCCCUUAUUUCCCCGCAACGAGAAAGCACAAGAAUCGGCGGCAGGAACUUAGACAGCAAGCCCAUCCAGCUGGUAGAGGAUUCGUUUGGGCUGUUACAACAUUUCUUGCAGAAAUGGACGGUUUCGACGGCAGUUUGGAUGACAGUAUCUCUGGAGCGAGUGCCUCCGAUGUGCAGGACCGUCUGUCUUCGCUGGAGCUGCGUGUUCAGCAGCAGGAGGAUGAGAUCACGGUGCUCAGGGCAGCACUGGCUGAUGUACUGCGCCGCCUGGCUCUCUCAGAGGACCAGGCCGCCGCCAUGAAGAAGAUGCAUCCUGGCAAAGGUCAGCCAGCUCUCAGAGAAGCCUACUCCAUGUCCUGUAUAGCCAAUGGCAGCAGCAGCAGCUCCAGCCGCAAGCCCAGCCACAGCCCCUCCGUGUCCAUCGCCAGGAAAGAAACGCUCGCCUCCGCUGCUAAAAGUGGCACAGAGAAAAAGAAGGAGAAGCCGGCGCACAUGGGAGAGAUUAAAGAGUCUAAAGAGGAGCCACAGGCUAACGAUAAAGCUCCUGUCAGCCCAUCGGGCCAGCCAGCCCCACCAAACCAGACAGCAUCACCCUCCAGCCACCCCUCCUCCCCACACCCCCCCCAAACACAAAGGCACACCCAAGAAAACAAGAGCUCAGCUCCAGCCAAAAGGGGUCACAGUGUGAAGCGAGGCUCGGGGAUGGAGCGAUCGCAGAGCAGCCCCUGGGAGAGCUCGGACGACAGCCGCAGCAAGCUGGUCAAGGCAGCCUCCACCACCAAGCUGAUCAAGGCAGCCUCCACCUCCAAGCUCCUCUCCAAAGUGGUCAAGAAUGUAGAGAAACACAAGGAUCCAGUUAUCAGCCAAGCAAAAAUGUCAACUCGAGAGAAAAACAGCCAAGAGGGAGACUACAUUAAGAUGUUCAUGAGGGGCCGGCCCAUCACCAUGUUCAUUCCUUCAGACGUGGAGAACUACGAGGACACCCGGACAGAGCUGCCUUCCGAGAAACUCAAACUGGAGUGGGUCUAUGGGUACCGCGGGAGAGACUGCCGAGCGAACGUGUCCCUGCUGCCGACGGGUGAGCUUGUGUACUUCAUCGCCUCCGUCGUGGUGCUUUUCAACUCUGAGGAGAGGACGCAGAGGCACUACCUCGGCCACACCGACUGCGUCAAAUGCCUUGCCAUUCACCCAGAUAAAAUCCGAAUCGCAACGGGGCAGAUCGCCGGGGUAGAUAAGGAUGGAAGGCCCCUCCAGCCUCACGUGCGGGUCUGGGACUCAGUCAGCCUCUCCACCCUGCAGAUCAUUGGCAUGGGCACCUUCGAGAGAGGGGUUGGCUCGCUGGCCUUCUCCAAAGCUGAUUCAGGGAUCCACUUGUGUGUGAUCGAUGACUCCAACGAGCACAUGAUGACGGUGUGGGACUGGCAGAAGAAAUCCAAGAUCGCAGAGAUCAAGACCACCAAUGAAGUGGUGCUGGUGGUGGAGUUCCACCCCACAGAUGCCAACACGAUAGUGACCUGCGGAAAGUCACACAUCUUCUUCUGGACGUGGAGCGGCACCUCCCUGGCACGCAAGCAGGGCAUCUUCGGGAAAUACGAGAAGCCCAAGUUUAUCCAGUGUUUGGCCUUCCUGAAUAACGGAGACAUCCUGACUGGUGAUUCUGGGGGGAUCAUGCUGAUCUGGAGCAAAUGCACAGUGGAGUCCACGGCAGGCAAGGGACCGAAAGGUGUCUAUCAGAUCAGCCGGCAGAUUAAAGCGCAUGACGGCAGCCUCUUCACUCUGUGUCACAUGAGGAAUGGAACGCUGCUCACGGGAGGAGGCAAGGACCGCAAAAUCAUUCUCUGGGAUCACGACCUGCAUCCUGAACGGGAUAUUGAGGUUCCCGACCAAUAUGGAACCAUCCGAGCUGUGGCAGAAGGAAAGGGGGAAGAGGUUUUGGUGGGCACGUCCCGCAACUUUAUUCUAAGGGGAACGUUUAAUGAUGGCUUCCAGGUAGAAGUGCAGGGUCACACGGAUGAGCUCUGGGGCCUGGCGUCCCACCCCUUCAGAGAUUUGUUCCUGACCUGUGCCCAGGACAGACAAGUCUGUUUGUGGAGCUCCAGGGACCACACGCUCCAGUGGUCUAGGCUUUUAGAUGAACCUGGACACUGUGCUGAAUUCCAUCCCAGUGGUGUGGUGGUGGCGAUCGGGACACACUCAGGAAAGUGGUACGUUCUGGACGCGGAGAGCAGAGAUCUGGUGGGGAUUCACACAGAUGGGAACGAGCAGCUCUCAGUGAUGCGCUACUCCAUAGAUGGCUCCCUCCUGGCAGUGGGUUCCCAUGACAGCUUCAUUUACCUCUACACUGUGUCCGACAACGGCAGGAAGUACAGCAGAUCGGGAAAGUGCACUGGACAUUCCAGCUACAUCACACACCUUGACUGGUCUCCUGAUAACAAGUUCAUCAUGUCCAACUCCGGAGACUAUGAAAUCCUUUACUGGGACAUUCCAAAUGGCUGCAAACUGAUCAGGAAUCGUUCUGAGUGCAAGGACAUCGACUGGGCUACCUACACGUGUGUGCUGGGCUUCCACGUGUUCGGAGUGUGGCCCGAGGGCUCUGACGGCACGGACAUCAAUGCCCUGGUCAGGUCUCACAACAGGAAGGUUAUCGCGCUGGCUGACGAUUUCUGCAAAGUCCAUCUGUUCCAGUACCCCUGCUCCAAACCCAAGGCCCCGAGCUACAAGUACAGUGCCCACAGCAGCCACGUGACGAACGUGAGCUUUGUCCACAGCGACAGCCACCUGAUCUCCACGGGCGGGAAGGACACGAGCGUCAUGCAGUGGCGUCUCAUCGAGAAGAACGUUGUCUCGGGGGAGAUGACCGGGAGCAACAACAUGACCUCCCGCAGGGCAGCAACCACAGUGACCAGCCUCACCACAGCAACACCGCCCCCCUCCGCUGCCACCCCGCCACUCACCCCCACCGAGGCUGAGACCGAAGCCCAGCCCGAACCCCAGACCGAAGCCCAGCCCGAACCCCAGACCGAAGCCCAGCUCGAACCCCAGCCCGAACCCCAGUCCGUCACCUCCAACGGACAAGAGGAGGAGGAGUCCGCCCCAGAGACCCCACCCCCCUCCGAUAGCACCCUGAGCCCCUCCGACAGCCUAGAGCCCAGCGAGGAGAUCCCCACCCCACAGCCAGCCUACAGCCCCGGAGACGAGCUGCCCCCCAGCACCCCCACCCCACAGCCAGCCUACAGCCCCGGAGACGAGCUGCCCCCCGGCACCCCCACCCCACAGCCAGCCUACAGCCCCGGAGACGAGCUGCCCCCCGGCACCCCCACCCCACAGCCAGCCUACAGCCCCGGAGACGAGCUGCCCCCCAGCACCCCCACCCCACUGCCAUCUUAAACCCCUCCCCCCGCCUCGCUCUAUGACGCCCUGCUGCUGAUCUGGGGGGGCUCUGAGUUCACAGCAGCUCCUGCUGCAUCGUCGUUAUUUUUUUUAUUUUGAUCUCCUGUUUUGUUUUAUUGGGGUGGGUUCUGCUUUUGUGGGGAAAGGGCAUGGGGAAUACAGGCAGGCGUUUGAGAAUGGAAAGCCAAGACUGCUUCUGUUUUGGGUUUUUUUUUCUUCAAAGAAGUGAUGGCACGCUGACCUGAGCAUAACUAAAAGUUCUAAUAAGUCUAUGAGGCUUUUAAUUUUUCAUUUUGUUUGUUUGUUUGUUUCUGUUUUUCUGGUUUACUGGUUCCUUUUACUACAAGGGGCUGUGCAGCUGAUCAUUUUUAAUUCUUGGGACAGGUUGAUCCAAACAAAUAUAGCAGAUUAGUUUAAAAAAACAUAAAACUGUGAAUAAAGAAACAGGUUGAAGCGAUCGUAGUUUGGAUACAGUAAAAAGAAAACUUGAUUAGUAUGUCAAAAAGUGUGUUUUUUCAAAGGAGGGGCAGUACGACCUUUCGGUGGGGAGGAUUAGGACUGUCCUCCAGUGUGCUGAAUUCAAAGCCCAUGAAUGAAAACACAUGCAGCUUGUUUCUGUGCAGUAAGUGCCUCGCGGGGAACGUCUCAUGAGUGCAGUUUACCUGCAGUGAGAAUAAUCCAGGCCCCAGCAGGGUUACAGCAAUGAGAGAAACGGUUUCUAACAGCAGUAACCUAGGGAGGCGGCAUUACUGUCAGGUAGUGACCGCAGUGACUGAGGAGACUGAUAGAGGAGUCCAGUAUAGGACAGAGGUGUGGUGCUUCCUGGGGGGCUGACAGGGGAGUCCGGUAUAGGACAGAGGUGUGGUGCUUCCUGGGGGCUGACAGGGGAGUCCAGUAUAGGACAGAGGUGUGGUGCUUCCUCGGGGGCUGAUAGAGGAGUCCAGUAUAGGACAGAGGUGUGGUGCUUCCUGGGGAGCUGAUAGAGGAGUCCAGUAUAGGACAGAAGUGUGGUGCUUCCUGGGUGGCUGAUAGAGGAGUCCAGUAUAGGACAGAGGUGUGGUGCUUCCUGGGGGGCUGAUGAUCUUUCAUAUUCUUGUCUCCAGCCAGGCCUGUGUUUGGACUGUGCAGUUCAUCUUUGGCAUGACCUCACCUUCUUCUCCCACUAGAUAGGCUUUCUCAUGUUACUACUCUCACCACAGCCCCACCUGCUGGAUACAAAUGGGAUAACAGAGUGUGGCUCCUGUUUCCUAUGACCUGUAUUGGGAUGGGGGAGGAAGGGGUCUAGUUGAACACAUUGCUGGUUUUCAUCCAGGUGAUCAUCAAAUACAUUUCUGCCGAGGGAUUACCUGGAAUAGUGCAAGCAAACGAGAGUGUGCAAGAAUCCCUGCUGCUCACAAGGACAUGCAAACAUGUGUCUGUACUGUUGGCAACUCUUUAGCAUUGAUUCUUAUUAAUGCAAUAAAGACAAAGGUCCUCCUAGCUCUGAAUGUGUCUUUGAGACUAGCAGGGAUCACAAGUGCUCUGUGUAAAAGCCUCACCCCUACCAGACUCUGUAAGGGCUACCCUGUAUAAAUACCCGCACUGCCUCCAUUCACCGCAGAGGUCUUUAUAAAAGUGCUGCACUCUCCCAGGGCAGCCCAGUGGAAACCCCUUGGUCUGUUAAUGAGACUGAACUGUGUUUGCACUGGCCACAUUCUCAAUGAUUCCCACAGCCAGCUCAUUCUUUUAAUGGAUUCAUUUAUACAGGUGGGUUUAGUACAGCGGGUAGAGAAAGAGAUAGAAAAGAAGGUCUUGUCCCUUCAUCACAUCUGUCUCUUUGGAUCCCCGUGCGCUGGUUCAGCCAACGCCAUUGAGAGCCUGUUCAAUUCCAUGCAAUACAGUAACCAUACAUUGAUGGGAAUUCCAGUAGAAUAAUAUUGGUGUGUGCUGCUGGUUGCCAGCAUGCUGAUUUGAGAAGGCUGUCCUGGGCUGUGGAAACACAGUGCAAGUGUUCUGUACUGGCCCUGGUUCCAGUCCUGGUUCUGUGUGUGGAUGGGAUAUCCCAGCCUGGUCUCCUUGAUUUCAGUGUGCUCUGAAUAUUGGAAGUCGGUUUGGGCAGGAACGAUUAUAAGGCAUUCAUUACAAGCACGGUGACAUCAAACCCAUGCUUUAGAACAGCUACACAUUGGAGGACUGCUGAGCCAUUGUUUGUACUAAAGUUAUAAAGAGACUGUCAAAAUAAUAAUAUGCAUUUCCUAUGAAUUGAUUUGUACUUGGAUUAUCUAGAUCUUUUUUUUGUAAUUUUGCUGCAUUUGUUUUUCUUAUUUAGGGGUUGGUUAGAAACAAAUAAAAAUGUUUUAGAUUUUUUUCUUUUUUUUUUUUUUCUUUAAAAGUCUUAAGUAUGCAAGCCAGCAUUGACGUGAUUGCGCCAUUCCAAAGUGCAUCCAAACUGUCAUUCCCUUCUCAUGAAUCUUCUCAGGAUCAAUAAAGUCAGGUUUUCAGCCGUCACUUCAGAGGGAACCUCUUCUUCUCA